AUGAUCUCGGAUAACGACAAAGCAUGCGGUGCACGGAUUUUCGAAGGUGGUGUGUUUGAAUGGCUGGGCACCAACGGGGGCCGAGAGACCAGAUGGGUUAAUCCACUUCGGCUUCAUGGGAUCGUGCGGUUGUUCAGUUCAGACUCUAAGUUGAACCAAGACCCCAUUACUCUCGGAUCUUUACUCAUGACCCGAUCGAAUAAGUUCCACGGUCCGGACCGAGGAUUGCGCAAUGACUCCGCAAAAUCCCGGCGUACUGUUCACAAAGCACAUGCCUCAUUCCAGUCUCAUUCAAAGUCUCGCAUUUCAAACUGUCCAUCCNGAGUGUGUAUUCGCGCUAGCAACGAUAUGCCUUUCUCAACACACGCCACUGCUUGGAUUGCUUUCGAUUUGGGCAUGCAACUGGAACUGUCACAUUAUCUCUUACAAGUGCCUAUACGAGGACUAGAAGACUCAGCUGUGCGACAGUACAACUCUUCUUGGACCACUCUUGAUCUACGUGGCAUUGAGUUUUUUGGAGUCGUCAAAAAGGUGUUUACAUCACCGGAUAACGAAGCCAUUUCGAAUGCGAUUGCGUACCUACAUCAGUUCCAACCGGGAGCCUAUGUGGUGCCAAACCUCCCCGUUGCUCUGUGUGAAAAUGAACUUACCACAGGAUCGAUGUGCAUUUCAUCAUGCGAACACUGGCCAUCUGCACCGAGUUUGGUGAACUCAUCAAGAGAGGAUCUACAGAAACGGAGCACAAGUACAACCACUGGGGAUAUUGAAUUAAAAGAUCUGCCGAUUUUGGGUCGAGUGUUAUCUUCUAUUGAUGAGAACGGAAGUAUACUGGUGCAGUGGCUAGAGCACCCCAUAACUGGAUUGUUCGAAAAAGAACCCCAUAACUGUUUACCACGAAAUAUAGUGAACUAUAUCAUGGGCCCCGAAAAUCGUUUUGACCUCCGACUCCUUAACGAGAAAGAGGUUUUGCAACGUAUGGAACUAUUAGAGCGCAGACAAAAGAUGAUGGGACAUAGUUCCGGAAAUUCCUCAGUUAUAUCAGAGUUGUCUGAAAAAAAUAGCACGAACCAUGAGACGGAACCGCAAGUGCACACGGAAGCCAAGCAACCGGAGGUGCAAAACCCUAACCAAAAUUCAAGCUCACCACGGACAAAUUCAUCCCAUUGGGAAGAUGCUCAUUCCGUGUCUGUUGAUGGACAAAAUGAUGUAGCUCCCCCGACACCUUACUUCACUCUUAGUGACCAACAAGAAAGAAUGAACAACUUUGAAAACGCGAUAGAACAAUCGCCAUUGAAUGAAUCGGGUGGCUGUGAACCAGUCAACUCCAAAAAUGAACCACACCCUGAGAUCAAGGAUAAACCGAUAGGCCAAACAAAUGCUUUACCAGUGACCGUGAGAAGCCAUAAUUCUGGUUCUCCUUCGCCCGUUGUAAAUGAACCCAAACCUCCAACUGUCAGUCCAUACCUUGUUUUGGAUCCUGAACCUGUUCAACCAGCGCCUAUUCAGUCAGAAUUGGAUGAUCAAAUUCCUUGGGACGCAAUAUUAACCCCGGACUUAUAUGAUUCUCAUGAAGAAGAGGGCGGUACAGAAGAAGAUGCAAGAGAAGAAGAUCCGGAAAAUGGGGCAGACGUUGAGGUGAACGCGGACGAUGACUGUGCAAUUUUUGCGAGUCUCCGCGCUCUUGCCGCGGGUGCACAUAAAGAAGAGGAAAUCGAUUCAGAGCUUGAAGCCAUUGGUCGAACACUUGAGUUACGUAUUUUGGCGAAUGCAAGUGAAUCCGGUUUGAGUACUCACCCGAAUACAAAAUGUUCACGGUUGCAUACCACAUCUCGUACCAAACCAUUUCGCAGCAAACGACGAAAAUUCGAUCAAUGGGAACGAUCAGAUCCGGUGGACACAAACAUAACGGAUGAUCCGUGGAAAUUUUUAUUUGAUCCUGCAAACAGCUCCACGGAUAGACCCAAUGUCAGUUCACAACCCGGUCCUUCGUUAUUGUCUCCUCCUCCUCCUCCUGCUGCUGCUGCUGUUACCUCGGUUCCAGUAGCACCUCAAUCAUCUCGUGAUGUGAAUCGAGCUACACAAAAUAAGCAUACAAAUAAAACUGCAUUCCGUCCUCAGAUUGCCGAGGGAUUUAAAGUGGAAAAUAUUGAGGCUAAUUUGAACGGUUUAAUACCUCCAUUCGACUCCAGACCUGGAACAGCACACCAACCAUCCACAAUAUCUUUUAACAUUCCAUCCACUGUGUCUUGGCCCCCAAUCAAAUGGUCAUGCCAGUAUCUAUCUUCCACUUCAAGUGAUGUAAACUCUACAGUGAAAGACGGUAUAAGCAAACCAACCAAGAUUGUCCAGUUAUGGCUCCACCGGGAACCUGUUAUUUUCAGUGGCGCUAUUGCUUUCGGACCAUCUUCUUUGUCCACACUCUCGCCCAGCUCUUCAGUUUCUAGAUCCACAUCAACAAUGUUCAUGUCGAAUCAAGAGAGUGUUCUGUCGGCCGACAGCGCUUUAAAGAUGGAGGAUAUGCCCUUUCAAAAUCCGUUGGAACCGGGACAACAACAACUCAAGCCAACGAAAUAUCACUUAUCUCGUAGUGAUGUGCUUUUAAUUCGCUACCUGCUUGAAGGAGUGGACUACUCGGAAGAGUUUGUGGGAUGUGGCGUAUUAAGGCCAACGCAUGCUCAACUGAGUAGACUCUGGAACCACACGUACAUUCUGGACUAUGCACUUGAAGAUUCGGACCAAAAAGAGGAGUUGACGAAAUGCAAUCCCAAAAUUGAGCACAAAUCGUCAGACAAAGAAGACAAAGAGACAUCAAAACUUCCACCUUUUGCCGAUCCUGUGGUUCGGGAUAAAUUGCUAGAAGCCUUGGCGAUCCUGUAUGACUUGAUGACAGCCUCGUUGUGUCGACGAACACCGAGGUGUUCAGUUUUACGUUCUGAUCUCGCCGAUACUGCUUAUAUCCCCUCAGGAGGUAAAUGCUGUUCACAGGAACUGUCAUCCUGCACUGAAGAGGAGGAAAAGCAAAUGGCCAACACCAGAGAAGAUUUGAUUGUGGCUUUCCAGUCGCCCCGGAUGACCAGAAAACUGGUAUUGUUCUCCCGGGACAUUUGGUUCGUGCUCAGCAAUAUUCAUGUGUUGCGCAAUAUGAAAUCGGAGUUGGAUAACGGUCGCAGUCUGAAUGAUACUUCCAAGUGGAUAGUUCCGUUUGUGGCCAAAUUUAAAUUUCUUUUUCCUUUCGAAGUGCGUCUGGAGUUUUGGCGUGUCUCCAGCCUCGGUGCAAGCAGUGCCUAUGGUUCUUCAUUGGGAUUCAACAACCCCCCGUCGCUAUUGGCUCUUGGUCGUCUGCAACGUCACAUGGCUCGCGUACCGAGACCAUCAACCAGGCUAGAUUCCGACGGAGAACACGAGGAUACGGAUUCCGCUUCUUACCUUUGUUCACCAUUUUUGGGUGGACGCAACACAUUCUGGUGUUGCAGUGUUCGGCUACUGCUAGCUCACGCUGAUCUGCAGCAAGAACUGGAGGUUGAAUUCGAAGGCGAAGAGGGUACCGGUCUGGGUCCUACCAUGGAGUUUUAUGCAUUACUAUCGGCUGAAUUAAGGUGCGUUACUGUGAUAUCAAUGUAA